AUGUCUCAACAUGAGGCCGAUCGCCAAUUCUCUCAGUUUCCUGGGGAUGAUCCUCGCCCGACGAGCAAAGGAGAGCUAGCCGGCUGGUACUGCUACGGCUGGGCGGCUGAGGUCUUCACCGUAUGUGCCAUGGGCUCUUUUCUCCCGAUUACCCUGGAGCAAAUGGCACGGGAUCGCGGCGUUCUCCUGUCGGAUAAAACCACUCCGUGUAGCCCAACAUGGAAACCGUCCAAGCAGAUAUCCCAUUCCGCCGAAUAUGGUGUCCAGGGGUCUGGCGUAGGCCAGUGUAUCAUCUACUUCCUCGGUUGGGAGAUUAAUACGGCAAGCUUUGCUUUGUAUACCUUUUCUCUGAGCGUCUUGGUCCAAGCGAUUCUGAUUAUAUCCAUGUCCGGUGCCGCCGAUCAUGGGAACUAUCGCAAGAAGCUCCUAAUACUAUUUGCUUUUGUCGGCUCGGUGGCGACCAUGUUGUUCCUUGCGGUUGUGCCCCAAGUUUAUCUCCUCGGAGGGUUUCUUGCCAUCGUUGCGAAUACCUGCUUCGGUGCGUCUUUUGUCCUUCUAAACUCAUUUUUGCCGGUUCUUGUGCGCCAUCAUCCUUCGACUCUCGCGGGAAAACGGCUGCGAGAGGCUGCCGAUAUGCCCAAUGGGAUCUUUCCUCCUCCCGUGGCACACAAUAUCGAUGUGAGUCCCGAUGACUCUACGCCUUUGUUUGAUUCCAACAGGGAGAAUCGCGAGGCAGAUACCACAGCUAUGACCUCACUGGAGCUCAGCCUCUCCACAAAAAUAUCCUCCUUCGGAAUCGGAAUCGGCUAUAUCGGAGCAGUGACCCUUCAACUCAUCGCUAUUCUCGUAGUGAUGACUAUCAAGCAAACCACGUUUUCUUUGCGGCUUGUUCUAUUUCUGAUCGGAUUGUGGUGGUUCAUCUUUACCAUACCAGCAACCAUUUGGCUGCGGGCCCGGCCUGGGCCUCCUCUUCUGGGACCGGACGGGAAACCGCUUCACUCCUGGAUGGCAUACAUGAUGUAUGCCUGGAUGUCACUUGGAAAGACUGCGAUGCGCGCACGUCGCCUCAAGGAUAUCUUACUCUUUUUAGCCGCCUGGUUUCUCCUCAGCGACGGUAUUGCCACCGUCAGCGGCACCGCCGUCUUGUUUGCUAAAACCGAACUGAACAUGAAGCCCGCAGCUCUCGGACUGAUCAACGUGGUUGUCAUGAUUGCGGGUGUAUUUGGAGCCUUUUCCUGGAGCUAUGUAUCGCGCCUGCUUCAUCUUCGAGCCUCGCAGACUAUCAUUGCAUGUAUCAUUUUAUUCGAGCUAAUUCCCCUGUACGGUAUUCUUGGGUAUCUCCCAUCUGUGCAGCGCAUGGGUAUUGGGCUCCAACAGCCGUGGGAGAUGUACCCGCUGGGAGCGGUCUAUGGGCUUGUUAUGGGUGGACUAUCGUCGUAUUGCCGAAGCUUCUUUGCGGAGCUGAUUCCACCGGGAUACGAAGCGGCCUUCUAUGCUCUCUACGCGAUUACCGAUAAGGGAUCGAGCGUGUUCGGCCCCGCGGUCGUCGGCGCUAUUACGGAUCGAUACGGUGAGAUCCGACCCGCAUUCAUGUUUCUUGCCAUUUUGAUAUUCCUCCCGUUGCCUCUCAUGCUACUGGUCGAUGUGGACCGUGGAAAACGGGAUGCUCUGGCACUGGGGGCCGAGCUAGAUCAUGUUUCCGAAGCGCCUGGAUAUGGGGCCAUUUCCACUCGACCGGAGGAUCAGUCGAGCGUGGCUUCCGCAGCGUUGUAG